AUGGCGGAGCCGCCCUCUGCCGGAGAGGCCACCGGCCAGGUGUGUCCCUUCUUGUUCAAAAGGCCAUGGCGCAGAGGGGUCGUGGGCCUCCGGAAGCGCCUAGCCUGCGACCCCGAGCCCGGGGACAGCAGCAGCGGGGACGAGGGCAGCUCCGUGGUUCGCCGCGAGGAGCGGCGGGCGAAGGCCUGCGAGCCGAUGAUCCAGAGGACCUGUGGCGGCGCCCUGCGGGAGGUGGCUUACAGCGACUCGGGGAGUGAGGGGGAGGAGGAGGCCCCCCGUGUGGUCUACAAGUCCACCCGCUCUGCGAAACCCGCCGGGCCCGAGGAUAUGGGGGCGACUGCCGGCUGUGAGCUGGACCCCGAGGAGGAGCGGGGCGCACAGGCUGUCUUUGGGCGCAACCGCACGAGCCAGGAGGAGCUGCGGGGCAAGGAAGAUGACAAGAUCUAUCGGGGAAUCAGCAAGUACUGGCAAUACACGAAGCCCAGGGAUGCGUCCGGCUCGGUGCGGAAGGGCCCCAUCCGCGCUCCCGAGCACCUGCGGGCCACUGUGCGCUGGGAUUACCAGCCCGAUGUGUGUAAGGACUAUAAGGAGACUGGCUUUUGCGGCUUUGGAGACAGCUGCAAAUUCCUCCAUGACCGAUCGGAUUAUAAACAUGGGUGGCAGAUCGAACGUGAGCUUGAAGAGGGCCGCUACGGUGUCUCUGAGGACGAAAACUAUGAAGUGGGAAGUGAUGGUCAGGAACUACCCUUCAGCUGUUUCAUCUGCCGCCAGGCCUUCCGAAACCCGGUUGUCACCAAGUGCAGGCAUUAUUUCUGCGAGAGCUGUGCACUGCAGCAUUUCCGCACGUCCCCUCGCUGCUAUGUCUGUGACCAGCCCACCAACGGCAUCUUCAAUCCAGCGAAAGAAUUGAUUGCUAAAUUGGAGAAACAUCAGGCUGCAAAAGACGAUGGGAAAGUGGCAGAGGAAAAGGCAGGUGGUGAAGUAGGGUCCUGGGUAGGUGGCUUGUGA